CUGUAACGUGAUGUGCGCUCGGCGGUCGGUUGAUCAGGUCUGAAAAAAUGGCCUCCUCGGAUCAGGUUGAGCCGCCUGUCCAGAGUGGAUCCUUAGGUAAUGAGAGAAGAGUCCCAAGGGAGCAGCUGAUUGCUACAGCGGUGAAGUUUCUGCAAAACCCCCGAGUUCGCCAGAGCCCCGUCUCCACUCGCAAAGAGUUUCUCAAGAGAAAAGGAUUAAGCGAUGAAGAGAUUGAGUUGGCGCUCCAGCAGUCUGGCACUGCCCACGAUGACCCACCCCCUUUGGGCACCCCUGGCUUACCGCACCCAGGUCCACCUCAUCAGCUGACUGUCCAACCCUACCAACCCCCUCCCUCUCGCUGGAGGGAAUAUGGCGCCCUCGCUGUUAUUCUGGCUGGCAUCGCCUUCGGUUUCCACCAACUUUAUAAAAGGUACCUGCUUCCGCUAAUGACCAGCAGCAAGGAGAGCCGCAAGCAGCUGCAGCGCAUCGAGUCCAGCGUGUCGGAGAUGAGUGGCAGCGUCAUACAGACAGUGACCCAGCUACAGACCACUUUGGCCGCUGUGCAGGAACUGCUCUUACAACAUCAACAGAAGAUCCAGGAACUGACCCAGGAGCUGGCCGCCUCUAAGGCAUCCAACUCCACUAACUCUAUUCUGGAAUCUCAAAGCAUCCAGGAACUGAAGUCUGAAAUUUACUCGCUGAAGGGGUUGCUUCUAAACAGGCGGCAGUUCCCUCCAUCUCCAUCUGCACCUAAAGUUCCGGCUUGGCAAAUCCCAGUGAAACCUCCCUCUUUACCCAAUCAGGCAACAUUAAACCACAACAGCAGCAGUGACAUAUCUCCAGUCAGUAAUGAGUCUGGUUCUUCUUCUCCAGCGAAGGAGAAUCACAGCCCUGAGGGCUUGAAGGUGAACUCCCACCACUUGCCCACCACUCGAGAAGAUGAUCCUGAGAUUGAUGUGCAGAGUCAGGUGCGCAUGGAAGUUCAGGGUGAAGAGGAAGGAGAGGAAGAUGAAGAGGAGGAUGUUGGACAAGCUGAUGAAGAAGAUUGCAUUGGGGUCCAGACUGAAGACCGAAGAGGCGGAGAUGGACAGAUCAAUGAGCAGGUGGAAAAGUUGCGUCGACCUGAAGGAGCCAGUAAUGAGAUGGACUGAUUAAAUGAUUAAUGUUCCAAGUAUUUCUCCUAGCUGUUCCCCCUCCCAACUUUGGGGGUUAGCCCCCUACACCUGUCACCAGGAUGCUGUGUGAUCUUCUGUGGUACAUUUCUAAAUAUGAAGAAGGAUCUUGCAGACCAUUUUUUUUUUUUAGUUCCCUGCAGUGUCUAUGUCGAUCCAGCUAUCCUCUAAUUGUGUCUGCGCUGUAUGUGUAAAUACAUAGCCCAAGUUCUGUUCACUUUCACAACCCUCAGCAUCCAGGGCACUUGUCAGCAAUCAGUUGGCACGCAAGGAAAUGUGACAAUGGACUGCCGGAUGUAACUUAUAUCCUCAGUUUAUGAGAAAUACAUCCCCUCUUCCAAAAAUAGAGAUGAAACAAAGAAAUGCUCUUUUGAAUUAAAGUCCAAUCACGUCUUGAUUUGCACACAACUUGUUUAGCACUGUUCGGCACACUAUAAGCGUGCGUGCAUGCAUGCGUGUGACACUGACUGCAGACAGACACUUCUUGUGUGAGUGCUACACGUGUUAACGUUUCCAGUCUCAUUGGUACACGGAGACAUACAGAAAACAUACUUUACCGUUUAAUGUCAUAUUAUUACGAGUUUUAUAUCUGCUCACUCUGACCAUGGCUGUAAUCUUCAGUCAUUUUGUUACCUUAAUCAUUCACGUCUUACUGUCUUAUUCGCACGUUAUUGCUCAGUAUUGGUUGUAAAUCAGUUCUACAACCAGGCUGGAGGCAUGCCAGGCACCUCACUCUUCACUGCCAGACAUUCAGUCUUUAAAUACUUGUAGUUAGAUAUUCCCCUGUAUUGCAGCAGAACAGCCAUUGAAAGUACCGAUAACUCUUCCAACCUUACAUAUUUCAUUUCCACUUAUUUCACCAUUUUCUCCAGUGAUUCCAGCGCUCCUCAUACUUUUCCUUAUUCAAUUUAGAAGUUUUAUCCUAUUUCACCCUCACAGAUAACAUAUUUUCUUUAACUGGUAAUCGUUCCUGCAGAUUUCUUUAGUCAUGCAUUUAAACCAACCUCAGUUUCACAAAUUGACUUCACUCUUUUUCCUUUUGUUAUUUUAUAUUCUGCCAUCUGCUGUGUGUAAUCAUUGCUCCACUUUUACUUUUCUUUUCCUCUCAUACUUCUGUUUUCCCUUCUACUCAUCUUAUCCUUCCCUUUUAACUUUUCUCCCUGUACCUUCUUAUCUUCCCUCCCUUCGAAACCAUAUUUCUCCUUAGCUUUUCAUACAUUUUUCUCUUAUACAUAUUCCUACCUUCUCAUCCAUUCUUCUACGUAUCUCCUCACAAUUUUUUAUUUUAUUUUUUUCUCUAACCCUUUUAACUGUUUUUCUCCUUACAUUCUCAUCUAUACUUCUCCUUACAUUUCCAUCUGUUCUUAUAUCCUCACUUGUUCUUCUCCUUACCUUGUCAUUCAUUCCUCUCCUUAAAGGGGUUUUCUGGGAUUUUAAUAUUGAUGACCUAUGCUCAGGAUAGGUCAUCAAUAUCAGAUAGGUGGGGGUCUGACACCUGGCGAACCCACCAAUCAGCUGUUUGAAGAGAAGGCUGUGGUCCAUGCAAGCUCAGCCUUCCCUUCCUUCAUUGUUUACCUGCUCGCCAUUGAAAUCGCAGCGGUGAGCAUGUGCAACUACAAGAAGCAGUCCCAUUCACUUCUGUGGGAUGGCUCCUUCCUAUACAAGUUUAUAUAUCGAAGAACUGUCCCAAAGAAGUAAAUGGGACGGUUUGUAAUUACACCUGCUCACCGCAGCGAUGUCGAUGGCGAGGAGGUAAUCAAUGAAGUGGAAGCAGCGCCCACACUGAGCGCAGCUUUCUCUUCAAACACCUGAGGAUAGGUCAUCAAUUUUAAAAUCCCGUAAAUCCCUUUAAGUUCUCAUUCAUUGUUCUCCUUACCUUGUCAUUUAUUCCUUUCCUUACCUUCAUUACAUUAUUCUUUUUACCUCCUAAUGCAUUUUUCUUCUCCAUUCUUUUUUAAACCCAUUCUUGAUACUGUCUCACCAGUUAAUCUUCUUAUUGUCUUCUCCUUAUUUUACUGGGUUGUCUUACCAUCUUCUCCAUCUCCUCGCCUUCUCAUGCAUUCUUUUUGUUCUUGGCCAAUUCUUCUUACCCAUUCUCUUGAACUCGCCCAUUUUAUUUCUUGUCCUCUCAUUUAUUCCUUAUACCUCCCAUGUCCUUAAAUUUUCCUCUCCUUAUAAUUUAAUUUUUUCUCUACCAUCCAUCCUCAAUACCUAGGGGGGAAUUUAUCACCCCCUGCACUCCAGAAUUCUGGCUUCAAAAAGUUGCAAAAUAGGGGCUUUGUGGCUUUUUUGGGUCCCUCGCAUAAAAAAAAUAAAAAAUUCGACUUUUUAUAUUCUUACACCACUUAUUCCAGCUUUGAAAAGUGUGCGGUUAGCUAUGUUAAUGUGUUUCACUCCAGAUUUAUCACUGAUAUGAAAAAAAGUUGCUAACUCAUUCCAGUACUCGGGUGGCGUAAGAAAAUUGGUGUAACAUUU